CCGGCUCGUCGCGCCUCCUCUUCCCUUCCCUUCCCUUCCCGCCAGCUGCGGGGCCGGUUUGAAUCGCGGCGGGAAGGCGGUGCCGGUGCCGGCGGGUAUUGAGACAGAGAAAGCAGAUUUGCAUCGGGUACAAUUUUUUGGUAACUUUAUCCUUAGUUGUAUAUUUAGCAGUAUAUACUGAACAGCGGAAUGUCCUCAAAGAAGAAGAUGAAGAGAAAUCAUUCUGGAAAUAAAUUAAAGGAACACAAAGCCAACUCCCAUCCUCAUUGGAAAUUACUUCCACUUGAGGAACCAGAUGUCUCAAGGAUAUUGAAGGUAGCGGAAGCAAAUCAACUUGAGGAGCUUGAUGAUUCAUUUGAUCACCCUCUGCACAGCACUGCUGUGGAUGCUUAUGGAGAGGAGCAUUCACAAAACGAGUCACUUGGUCGUGUUUCAGCACCGCAAAGGAAGAAUACAGAAAGAAGGUCUGGUGGAAAAAAUAAAAAAACGCAUCGCUUAAAAAUGUCUGAUGGUGAUGUUCAGAAAUUCAACACAGCUGAUCCUGAAGAUGAACCCCUUAAGGAGAACGUGAAAGCUCUGACUACUACUCAAUUCCAGGCUAAAAAGAAGCGGCCUUCAGAGGAGAACACAUCAGAUCCUUCUGUGGAUAGCCCAUGUUCUGUACAGGUUUGGUGUCCCAAAGAGCUGAAGAGAUCUCCUAGAGAUAUUACAGAACUGGAUGUUGUUCUGGCUGAAUUUGAGAAGAUAGCAGCAAAUUACAGACAAAGCAUAGAAUCAAACAUCUGCAGAAAAGCUAUCAGUGGCUUCUGUUCUGCUUUCAAGAACGAAAUCACCGAUCUUAUAGUGGAAGUCCAGGAAUUAAAGACUAUGAAGAAAAAAAAUGCUAAGGUAAUAACAGACAUCAAAAAGAAAAGGCAGCGACUGUUGCAACUCAGAGAAGAGCUAAUUGGAGCUGAACCACAACUGAUACAACUACAAAGAGAAUAUGCUGAGGUACAGGAAAGGAAAUCUUCCUUGAGGGAAGCAACUGAAUUACUUACUGAUUUAAAGGAGCUACAGCAAGACUGUUUGGAUUAUAGAGAAGAAAACCCAAAAGAAAAAGUGGUAUAUGGAACUUCCAGCCUCCCUGCUCUUCUGGUGGAAUCACGGAGAAUUCUAGGAGCAGAAAGACACUUUCAGAAUAUUAAUAAGAAACUGGAAGAGGCUCUGGCUGUACAAAGAGGGAAGUUAUCAAAGAAGCACUAAGUGUUUUUUAAUAGACUUCUUGACAUUCGUUAGGAAAAAUUAUUAGAAUGGUCAGUGCUUAAAGCUUGUUUAAUCAUUGUUGCUCUAUUUUGCUUCAGUGUUUAAAAGAAGGCAGUGACUUAAUUAAAGAUUGUAUCUUUCUGUUGUCAAAUAGUCUGUGUGAGAACUUAUUCAGAAUGUCAGUGAAAUUAAUGAAAUAGCAAUUCCAGUUAAAGUAGUAAAAGUUUUCUGUGCUCUGUUAACAA